CCUUUACAUGGGUCCCAUCUGAGUGCUCACUUGGGCUACAGGCUGUAGGUGCUUGGGGCACUCUUGGAGUUGCUCUUGGAUCCCUUGAACAAUGGGGUUUGGCCCAGGAGGGCAAUUUGUGCUGCUUUGUGGCAGAGGAGAACUUCCCAGGCUAUUUUGUGUUUGCUGUGGGGAAGGUUGGUUAUUGCUUUGCAUAAAGUCACAGACCAGCAUGGAGCGUUUGCUUUGUGAUGUCAGGGCAUGGUUGCCACGUCACAGUGGUGACAUGAGAAGGUUGCCUUGGUGCACGGAAGGCCUCAGUGUCAGAGCAGCCCUAGGGCUUGCUCAGAGCAGGAGCACCCUACGCCUUGAGGCAUUUGUCAGUGGGCAGCUGCACACUGACAGGAGCCUUGUUUGUUCUAGUGUUGGAGCACAGCGUGCAAACUUGCACAGCAGUGCUACAAUGAUUCAGCAGCUUGCUGCUGCAGUGGUUACUGUUUAUGGCGUGACUUAUUCCGGCUAUUUUCUGACUCACCUGGCACGUCACAUAAAACAUGUAUUCAGCGGAGCUGAUCCUGAGUGCCUGAGAGGACUGGAUUUUCUUCACUCAAACCACAUGAUCCACCGAGGUCUGAAGAGCUGCAACAUCCUUCUCAGAACCAAUGGCUCUGUCAAGCUGGCUGACUUUGGCCUCUUUGCUCAGCUCACUCCUGAGCAGAGUAGACAAAGCUCCGUGGCCAGCACUUCUGGGUGGAUGGCGCCUGAAGUGGUGACAGGUCAACCAUAUGGCCCCAAAGUGGACAUAUGGUCUUUUGGAAUUGUGGGCAUUGAAAUGGUGGAACGAGAAGCUCCUUACUGGAAAGAAACUUCUGGCAUGCCUCGACUCGUGAUAGCCAGACGAGGGAUACCAAAGCUGCUGCAGCCCAACCUGUUUUCACCUUGGCUGUGUGACUUCCUGAGCUGCUGCCUGCAGACAGACAAGGAGCAGCGCUGGUCUGCCAAGGAGCUCCUGCAGGUAAAAUGCAAAGGGGCUGCAGGUGAAACAGGGUGCGAGGGAUGGGCUCCUCCUCCACGGAAGUCCAAGGCAUCAGAUGAGCCCCCUUCCUCCUCACCUCCACUCUUGGUGCUCUUGAAAUGAAAAUGGUGAGGAGUCCUAGACUGGGCUGGGCUGGCAGGGCCCUGUAAAGGUCAUCAGGUGCAAGUGUCCUGCAAUGAGCAGGGACAUCUUUAAAGAGA